CCUGGAAUAGUGUCUCCUUUCAAACGAGUCUUCCUGAAGGGUGAAAAAGGUCGGGAUAAAAAAGCCCAGGAGAAGGUGACGGAGAGACGGCCUCUGCACACGGUGGUGGUGUCCCUUCCUGACCGCGUCGAACCAGAUGUGCUGCUCAAUGACUACAUCGAGAAAGAAGUGAAGUAUUUAGGUCAACUCACAUCCAUCCCAGGGUACCUGAACCCCUCCAGCCGCACGGAAAUCCUGCAUUUGAUCGAUAACGCAAAGAGAGCACACCAGCUCCCGGGGCAGCUGACCCAAGAACACGAUGCUGUCAUCAGUCUCUCCGCCUACAACAUCAAGCUGGUGUGGAGGGAUGGAGAAGAUCUCAUCCUCAGGGUCCCCAUCCAUGACAUCGCGUCUGUUUCCUACAUCCGAGAUGACUCCUCUCACUUGGUCGUGCUGAAGACAG